CUUCUUCAAACGGCAAUCAAGCAGGGCGUGGUCACUGGUGGAUCAAUGUUAGUGGGUGGCAGGGUCACCGAGCCAUUCAAAAACGAUUUCCCCACAGAAUUCCCGAAACACCACUCAUACUCAUCGAAAGAAAGGAGGAACGAAACUUCCAGCAUCACCGAUCCCUACUUGCACCGAGCUCGAAAGCUAGAAGCUAAAAUUGUUUCCCCAACCGCCCAAUCUCCGUGUGCAAUUCCUCUCCCUCCUGCUCCACCGCCGCGGAACAGCACUUCUUCGUCGAUACCCCGCCUUCGCGCCCGCAUCCACCACUACCACCACUACCAUGUCCUCCCCACCGCUCAAAGCUUUCAGUAAGCUCGACCUCUCCGGCCAUGACCUCCCCCCAUCCCCGGCGCCGUCUUCUCCUCGCACUGGGAAGGUCUACUCUUUGGCAACAGAGCUCGUUUACACCGAACACUCGGAUCAAUAUGGCGCCUCGUCGAUGCCCCUGUACCAGACCGCCACCUUCAAGCAGACCUCUGGAUCCGGCGGCGGCGAAUACGACUACACACGAUCCGGCAACCCCACCCGCUCGCACCUCGAGAAGCACCUCGCAAAGAUUAUGCGGGCGAACCGGGCCCUAGUCGUUUCCUCGGGAAUGGGAGCCAUGGAUGUCAUCUCGCGCAUGCUGAAGCCGGGCGAUGAAGUUAUUGCUGGCGACGAUCUCUACGGUGGUACUAACCGACUGCUGAAGUACCUGUCCACGCAUGGCGGGAUCAUCGUGCACCACGUUGAUACCACUUCCGUGGACGCGGUGCUACCCGUGCUCUCGGAGAAAACAGCAAUGGUGCUACUGGAGACCCCCACCAACCCCCUCAUCAAGAUCGUCGACCUCCCCGCGAUUGCCAAGGCUGCACACGAUGCGAACCCGAAGACCGUGGUGGCGGUGGAUAACACGAUGCUUUCCCCGUGGUUGCUGAACCCUCUCGAACUUGGCGCCGAUAUCGUUUACGAGUCCGGCACAAAGUACCUCUCCGGUCACCACGACUUGAUGGCCGGAGUUCUCGCCGUUAAUGACCUCUCCCUCGGCGAGAAACUAUACUUCACCAUCAACGCCUCGGGAUGCGGACUGGCACCCUUCGACUGCUGGUUGCUCCUCCGCGGAAUCAAGACCCUCGGCGUGCGCAUGGAGAAGCAGCAGGCGAACGCGCAAGCGAUCGCCGAGUUCCUUGAGAACCAGGGGUUCAAGGUCCGAUACCCUGGGCUGAAAUCGCACCCGCAAUACGAUCUGCACUGGAGCAUGGCGAGAGGUGCUGGUGCGGUGCUGAGCUUCGAAACUGGUAAUACGGUCAUCAGUGAGCGCAUUGUCGAGUCCACCCGGUUGUGGGCCAUCAGUGUCUCCUUUGGUUGUGUCAACAGUUUGAUCUCCAUGCCCUGCCGCAUGAGUCAUGCCAGCAUCGAUGAGAAGACGAGGAAGGAGAGACAGCUCCCCGAGGAUCUGGUGCGGUUGUGUGUUGGAAUCGAGGAUGUGGAUGACCUGAUCGAUGACCUUCGAACCGCGUUAGUGCAAGCAGGAGCAGUGACAGUGUCAGUAGACGGCAUGACGGCGGGUGUGCCACCUGAGCUCGCCGAAGACCUCAGGAAAUAGAUAUUGCGUUAACCUUCCCUAAAAUCCAAUUCUUUCCUUUGCAGUCUGGUUUCUUGCUUGCGGUUUGUUUGCUUUACAUGGGGCGAGUUUUGCUUUUUUGUUUUUGAUUGUCUUGCUUGCUUGUUUAUCAAUCGUGGGAAGGAGUGAGUUUGUAGACGUAGUGUAAACCAUAUAUUGGAGGGAGUCAGGAGGGAAGGGGUAUCUGCACAGAGCUCGACGCACCGAGAGUUAGGAAUGUUCACAUUAGCUAUAUCAAUGCCAUACGUACCAG